AUGGACCUGGCCAAAAUUAACAGUGUUGCCGAUUGGCUAGAGAGCCAAAAUAUGCUGAAGUAUGAAGAGCAUUUGGCCGUGAAUGGCUUUGACGACAUGCAAUAUAUGCACCUCCUGACUGAUGACGACCUGGAAAACAUCGGCAUAAGCAGCAGAGAUGACGUCAACAAACUUCUUCAAUCACUUGAAGACAUCAGCGUCACCAAUAGGAUUCCAACGGACGAUGAUACUAUCGCCUACGAUUACGACGAUAAUGAAGAUACAAAUGAUAGAUAUCAUGAUAGCGAUCAUAAAAAUGAUGGUUGUGACGGUAAAACUAAUCUAAAUAAUAUUAAUAUCGAUGAUGAUAAUAGAACGCAUGCUAGCAAGAGCGGCAUUAAUGAUGAUGACGAAACUGAAGGCGCUGGACAUGCGUUCGAACCCGUGACCUUGUGGCUGUCUAAAAUGGGACUCCCUAUAUAUUCCAAACUCUUUGAAGACUUCGGCUUCGUUAAUACGCAGGAUUUAAUGGGCAGAGAUGUCGUUAAUGUUAAUGAGACUCUGGAAAAGGUCACCUCCUGCUUGCCUAUUGGUCACAGGAAGAGAAUUCGGUAUGCCGUUGAAAAUCUUAACCGGACGACCAAGAGAAAUAAGAAAGAUAAUAAUAACGACAUGAACAACAACAACAACAACACUAACGACUUUAGUAAUAAUAAUAAUCAUAAUAAUAGUAAGAAUAAUAAUAAUAAUAAGAAUAAUAAUAAUAAGAGAAAUGAGGAUGACGUCAUAAUGAGAUGUAACCUAAGUAGGCUUGUGACCGGCUGCUAUUCAUUCCUCGUUUGGAAAUCAUUAACCCACCUGGAGAGCCUACCUGUGCUGUCGUUGGCGAUCUCUUACACCUGCCUCAAGUUCAUUGACAAUAAUGAUAAGGUAAUCGUCUGCACUCACGACAUGAGCAACAUCUACUCGGCCACUCAGCACGGCGAUGAUAUGUGCGUCUUUGCGUACAUCACCAAAUGCGUCAGCGAUGAUGAUGAUGAUGGUGGUAGUGGUGGCGGUGGUGGUAGUGGUGGCGGCUGUAGCGGCGACGAUGGCAGUGGAAAGUACUACUGUCACGUGUUCAGGACCGAAUCCGGGAUGAUGACUCGAUGCAUAAUGACGACGCUGGAAAGAGCUUUCCAGAUAGCUUUCCACUGGGUUGUACAUGAAAAAGUUAACAACAGCAACAACAAUAAUAAUAAUAACAAAAAUAAUAACAAUAAUAAUAACAAUAAUAAUAAUAAUAAGAAGAAUGUUGUUGUUGUUGUUAAGCCGUUUGUGGCUGAGAGAACCAACAACAAAAUUGACGGCAGCUACAACAGCAGCUACAACAUCAGCUUCAACAUUUUCAGCGGCAGCAGCAUUGUCAGCAGCUUCAACUGCAGCAGCAGCAGUGCUUUCGACAACAACAAUAACAACGACGACAACAAAAAUAAUAACAAUAAUAAUAAUAACAACAAUAAUAAUAAUAACAACAAUAAUAAUAAUAACGGAAAAAAAGUUCAGCACAUACCUGUAAGGUUAUCCUACCAGCCGAAAUCAUCAUUCUCCGGCAAAAGUACGGAGAUAUAA